GUUUGUUUUCUCAGCAGGGCAAACUAGUUAGCUAGCAGAUUGACUGUUAUUACAACUUCUUUAUCAUUUGAUAUCGUGGUUUUGUGGAUUGUCGUCAACAUGUUGUCAAGAGUUCACGACAUUGACACAUGAAAGUCAACACUACGCCGCCAUGGUGUGCCACAUAACAAGGUUGAAGGGUUACUUAAAUCACCUGUAAUGGAUUUGACCUCUAAAAACAUGUACGAGACAUAUAAAGAUGGCAUCUGGAAAGCGCUGGGACCCUUGGAUCCCGACUGGUUUGAGGCACUGACAUCUCAAAUGUUCGCUGAGGGAAAUGUCUCUGAUCAAGAUGACCUGUGUGGGAACCAAGAGGCAAACUUUAAAGCACCUCUUGACAAAACUGCAGUAGACAGUCAGCUGUUCUCAACCCCCAAAGUCUUCAGGCAGCAUCGAGUUGUGUCACCUGAAACUGAGGAGGAGCAGUCGUUCACUGACAAAGAAACAUUGCCAUGGACGACCACCGAAAGUCCAUGCUUGUUCCAGAUGUCAAAAGAGGGAAUCCCAGGUGCAAAUAACGGAGGUUUCCAUCAGGACCGUUUUGAUAUGCUUCACACCCCACACAAAUACCCAUUCAGCUAUGACAAGAAAAUAUCUGAAAGUCUCGGAGCCCAGCUUCAUCCUGAUAUGUCAUGGACCAGUUCUCUGAAUACCCCACCAGCCGUACCAUCCACCCUAAUUUUGUCUAAAAGUGACGAGAGUCCCUGUCCAGUGAGUCUUUCUGCAGACAAAAAUGUUGUGUUUGUACGGAAGCUGUUCCCCUCUCUUUCAAAUGCAUCCAGAGUUGGAGUGGUGUCACUCAAAAACAAAGACGUAACUACCGUCCACCAAGGCGUUGGUUCCCCUGAGGCGGUUCAGCAUCUAGAGUCCCACGACUCCCCCCAGAGUUCCCUGAAUCAGAGUGACCUUGUUUGGAAACAGACACUACCAGAUGCUAUUGAGGAUGGAGAAAUUCGCAGAACAGUAGCAGGUGUUCUUGAUGGAGCUGAACAUGUUCUCUCUAUAUUUUUCACCAACAGUAGCUCAGCGCUGAGGAAAGUGAAAACUGACAGAAUCAAAAGAAAGCAUAGCUUUUUAACAGAAGAUGGCUGCAGCUCUGUGGACGUCACAUUAACAAACAAUGCUGCAUCCAGUGACCAGAGAACAGUUGAUCAGGAACCUGGCAGGCUUCCCUCACCCCCACCGGUGAAAACUGUAGAUAGUGGAAUCACCCAGUGGUCUCCGUUGAGUUUAUCUGAACUCCCAUCUUAUACUGUGAAUUCUUCUUGCCAUAAUAAUAGUCUUGCUGUACAAGUAGAAAACACUAUUUCAACAGAACAACUGCACCAUGACUCUGACACUGGCCAGCUAAUAGUCAGGCCACGUAUGAGACACACAGACUCUGGAUUUACCAAGAAAAAGAGAACAUUUGUUUACACUGUUGAGACCCCAAAACUGCAAGUUCAAGGAAAAGAAACAGAGUGUCGGAGGAUGGACUCAUCACCAGUUCCAGAUUCUGGACAAGAAGUUAAAGUGAAGCAGUUGAAAGCCCAAGAUGAAGCAGACCGUUGCAGUGUCGGGACGAAUGAGGGGAAACAGGGAAAUCUUGUUGACGUAAAUCUGCGUCCUUCUGUACAACCAAAAGUCCAGGAUCUUGACAUGUCGCAGCUUUGCAAAGAUUUUGAGCAAGAUUUCAGUCAAAUGUCCGACCCCUGUAAACUGAGUAAAGUAGCAGAGGAUACUCCUGGAAUCGGCUUCUCUCCGUCAACUUGUCUGUCAGCCGUGAAACGAGCUAAGCAGAAAGCAAUGCAAGCAAACCGUCACCAUUACGAUGGCAUCAGUGACAGAAGACAGGUUUCUACCGCUCAUCAAAAUAACCCAAUCAAUGAGGGAACAAUAAGUGACAGUGGAUUCCAGUCUGCUGUUGCAGAUAGCGCUAAUGGGACUGCACCAUCGUUUGUUCUCCCCAGCUCAGAGAUGAAUGGUCUACAGUUGACCGAUAAACAAAGAGCCACUCCUGCCACAUCUAUAAAUAAAGGGAAUGGAAAAGCCUUUUUGGAUGAUAUUUUACAAGUAUCCAAAACAGAUGCCAAGUGGUCCAGUGCAAUCGGGGAAAGCCAGACACUGGGCCCUGGCAGGGAGAGUGAGCUGCACAGAGAGAGCACAUCAGCACAACGGCCCAGCAGUGCAAAAGAAGCUGUGGAUAACAUUAAUUGCCUUUCACUUAAUGGUCAAGCUUGUGGCAAUCUGCCAGAGAAGACAGUAUCGCAUCCUUCAAGAUUCACAACCGCUUCAAAUAAGGGUAUACACAUUUCUUCAUCCAACCUGGAAAGAGCAAAACAUCUCUUUGCUGAGACUGAAGGGGAAAGAACUUCCAGUGACCAGCGCACCAAAUGUGCCCACGAUACUAAAGUUGAAAGGCGUGUGAGUCAUGGAUCAAUGAAAAAUCCAACCACUAACUCAAACCAGUCAUUUCCUUUGAGUGAAACAAAUGAGGAUAUGCGUUGCCAGUUAACAGUUUCACAAAAAGCUGAUGUGACUGAGCUGUGCACUCUCUUGGAAGAAGCAGAUAGCCAGUUUGAAUUCACACAGUUUAAAACUGAAAUGCCGAAACAAAACUGUCAAGAUAAUGCCGCCUCUCCCCUGAAAGUUCACAAAGAACUUGACCCAGAAUUUCUUUCGGGUAUCAAUUUUGAUGACAGUUUUAGUUCAGAGGCUGAAAAGCACCUGGCAGCAAUUGUGAAGCCGGACAAAAUGACCUCCAUUUCAGAUGGUAAAACAAACUGUGAAACAACUGACGGCACACACAUUUCCACAGGAUUGUCAUUGUCAAGCGCAGUGAAAAAAGAAAAUUCCUCUCCUGAAGAGUCGUCUACCUCUUCAAAGCACAUCUCCGAAGGCAGUAGUAGUGUUAUGUCAGCUGAACCCAAAAAUCUUGACGGAGUUGGGCACGAGCUGCAGAACAAAAUUCCUCUAAUGCUUGGGGUGGGAUUUAAGACAGCAGGAGGAAACGUUUUAAGAGUUUCGAAAAAGUGUCUGAGCAAAGCUAAAGCUUUGUUUGCCGGUUUGGAGGAGAAUGUUGUGACGAGUCAAACAUCACCGGACAAGCAAAGCAGCAAAACUGAUACUAAAAGACAGUUUAGGCGCAGUGUGGAUAAUCCCACUAAUAACUUUCUGCAUCAUAAAGAGGAUCAUUCUUCAUUCACAGCUUGUGGUGAUGAUACUGAGGGGCAGGGUCAGGCCUAUUUUUCCAACACAAACAGGCAGGUCACAUGCAUUCGAGAUGGAGAGGCUGCAAAAAGUUUGAUAAACUGCAAAAGGGACACAGCCGCGUGUCAAAGUGGGUUCCAGAUGGCCAGUGGAAAAGGGAUUUCUGUUUCAGCAAAAGCUAUGCAAGAGGCCGAGGCGCUCUUCGGGGACUGUGACGCAAUAGACAGUAACGCUUGCAAACGGAGCAUAGAAGCCUUGUCUGGAAGUGUCAGUCAUGAGGAAAGCCUUCCAAAAUGUGAAGUUCAAGGGAUGAAAGUAAACUGGUCUAAAGAACCACUCGGUGAGUUUGAAAAUGUGAAUGCAGGACCAGCUGCGCGGCAAACAGAGGUUGUCCAGCAUAACGAGGAGACACACAAUUUGGGUUUUACAAAAACAACCAGAACAAAUGAUGCCUUUUUCCGUGGAAACCCGUAUUCGCCUGCAACGGCACUUUCAUCUCUCUCAUGCACAUCAUCAAAGAAUAUUGGCUCCUCUGCCAACCAUGAAUUGAGCAAUGGUGGUGGAUUUUGUUCAGCCAGUGGGAACAAAGCGUUGAUGUCAGCUGAUGCGCUUAAAAAAGGGGAGCAUCUCUUGAAUGAACUUCCUACACCUGGGGAUGCAAACAAGCAACAUAAAAGAAAAGGGGAUGCUUUAAGAAGCGUCCAUCUCUGCAAUCCAAUUCAAGUUUCACCACCUAAAAGUGGUGGAUUUCAGACUGCCAGUGGCAAAGGGGUGGCCAUUUCAUCCACAGCUCUCAAGAAAGCAAAGAUGUUGUUGAUUGAAUGUGAUGAAGUUGAGAAUACAAUCUUUGUAAAACCAACCCUUUCCGAAAUGCCAGUUCCUGGUCCAACACCCAGGAAUAGUGGAUUUCUGGCAGCCAGUGGGAAGCGAGUAGCAUUUUCAUCUGAGGUCCUCCAGAAGGCCAAAGCUCUCUUCAGUGACAUCAGGUUCAAUGCAGAGAUCCCAACUGUUACAGACACAAGGGACAGCGGCAAGACACAAGACGAGGCUGAAGUUACAGAGAAAAUACAUUGUGGUUUCACAACGGCAGGGGGAGCAAAAGUCCACGUGUCAAAGAAAAAUCUGUUGGAAGCAAAAAACCUUUUGACAGAAUUCGAUGACAGUUCUAUUUCAGCAGAAGCAAUGCAAGAAGCGGAUGCUUACUUCAAGGACUGUGACAUUAUGGAUGAUAACAAUGGCAUGUCAGUAAAACAGAAGAAAGGUAUAGCACCUGGCUGCGGAAGAGGCAGCGAGAAGAAAAACCUUUUAAGAUGUAAAGUAGACCAGAGGUUGAAAAUAAACAUCUCUGAAGAGCUUGCAAGGGGACAUGCUGAGUUUGAAAAUGUGAGCAUGGGGUUAGUUGAAAACCAUGAAAGAAUGCUGCAUCCUGAUGUAGAGAUUCACAAAGGUGCUUUUAAGAAGACAUUGGAUGUUUCCAAUGCAGCUGCUCUACAUGGAAACCCAUCUUUGAUGACAAAGACUCCUCCUCCCCUGUCGUGCACAACAUCAAAGAACAUUAGUUCCCCCACCAUGAAUGAAUUGAGCAAAGGGUUCAGUACAGCCAGCGGGAAAAAGGUGUCUGUGUCUGAUGACGCAAUGACAAAAGCAAAGUCUCUAUUGAAUGAAAGUGCUACAUUCGAGGACUCAAACAAACCACUUAAACAUAAAGAAAGCACUUUUCCCACACAGAAUGGUGGAUUUCAGACUGCCAGUGGCAACGGAGUGGCUAUUUCAUCUGCAGCCCUAAAGAAAGCAAAAACUCUGUUCAGUGAGUGUGAUGAAGUUGAGAAUACAAUCUUUGUAAAACCAACCCAUUCCAAAAUGCCAGUUCCUGGUCCAACACCCAGGAAUAGUGGAUUUCUGGCAGCCAGUGGGAAGCGAGUAGCAUUUUCAUCUGAGGCCCUCCAGAAGGCCAAAGCUCUCUUCAGUGACAUCAGGUUCAAUGCAGAGAUCCCAGCUGUUACAGACACAAGGGACAGCGGCAAGACACAAGACGAGGCUGAAGUUACAGAGAAAAUACAUUGUGGUUUCACAACGGCAGGGGGAGCAAAAGUCCACGUGUCAAAGAAAAAUCUGUUGGAAGCAAAAAACCUUUUGACAGAAUUUGCUGAAUGUCAUGAUUCAAACUCAACAAUCCCACAUGACAUCUGUAAAUCAGAUCCAUCAAUAGUGAAAGGUGUGAAAACACCUUGUAAUCCCACCACAGGCGGUGACAUGGACAUGUUUAGUGCCCCUUGGGUAGUUGAAAAUGAAUCUCCUCAAAGUCAAAGUGUACCCAGGUGCAUUUCUAUCGAAGACCAGGCCCAUGCAGAUGCAUUUAGUGUAAAAGAAGGCCAAAUGACCCCAGCAGUAUCGGGCAACCUCCAUGACGGCCUAGUGUCACGUGUGUUGGACUAUAAAAUACAGCAGACCAGCAGCAGAGAGGGAUCAAAGGUCAAAAGGCCACAGAUGUCUUCAGUUCUGAACUUCCAGUCACUUAACCUAAGCGGCUGCACUGAAACCCAGCAGAAGUUGUUCGCCCAGGAAGCUCUGGACUGCACCAAGGCUUUGUUAGAGGACGAAGGUCUAGCUGGCCAAAGUCUCUCAAUGACUUUAGAAAAUGCCAGCCACAGAUCUGUAGCGAAACGACAAGGGACAGAGAAAAGAUUGAUCGAGGACCCAGAUAUGGCUGGUCAGCCUCCCCUGAAAAGACGAUUACUGGAAGAAUUCGACAGAACUGUUCAUGGUCCCAGAAGUUCAACACUCCAUCCGGAAAAGAGUUGUCCAAAUGGUGUGAUGAAAGACAGAAGGAUUUUUAAGUACAGCGUCUCUCUCCAUCCAAACAUCACGAGGCCACACGCCAAUGGAAAAAUGUAUGUGGAAACCAGAUUACAAGAUACAACACCAACACAAUACUCAACCCCAGAAGAAAACCGAUCAGCACACUCCGGGAAGCCAGCGUUUGUUCCUCCUUUCCUCACAAAUACAAAGACGGAGAGUCGCAGGAACACAAUGCUCAAGGACAACAUAAGAACACCUUCUGCUUUUGUUCCUCCUUUCAAAAAACAAAGACCUUUUGUCCGGGAGAGCUCUGCUAAACCACAGGUGGAGGAGAAGGAGGAUAAACACCACCAUCUCUUUGUAAUGCCCUUUAACAGAAACCCUUAUGUACCACCCACACACAAAAAACAAAGCACUUCAGAAUUAACUGCUGAUAAAAGCAAAGAAGACAUUGAGACGGUGGCCUUGGCCCACAAUACAAAUGAUAAUCUGAUAAAUAGUAAAAACCUGCCGGUUGGCUGUGGAUCAGAGGGCUCUGCUGCAGAGACAUCACAUAUGGAGGACACAUUGUCCAGAAGCCAAGACAUAUUUCAGAAUCUUCAUAAUGUAGAGCUGGCACGAGAUAUGCAAGAUAUGAGAAUCAGGAAAAAGAAGCGCCUGACCAUUCGACCUUUCCCGGGGAGUUUGUUUCUCACCAAAAGCUCAGGAGCGACAAGGAUACCAUUAAAGGCUGCAGUAAAUGGAAGGCCUCCUGCAAGAUACACCCCCAAACAGCUGUACGGACACGGAGUUCACCAGCAUGUGUGUGAGAUCUCCAGUGAGACAGCAGAAUCGUUUCGCUUCCAUUUGAAGCAGUUCAUCAAACAGGAAGCUUUUCUCGACGGAGGUGGCGUUCAGCUUGCUGACGGAGGAUGGCUGAUCCCCAGCAAGGAUGGGACUGCAGGGAAAGAAGAGUUUCUUAGAGCAUUAUGUGACACCCCAGGUGUGGAUCCUAAACUGAUCAGUGAGGCUUGGGUAUACAAUCACUACCGAUGGGUUGUGUGGAAGCAGGCGUCCAUGGAAAGAUCAUUUCCAGAAACAAUGGGCGGCCUCUGUCUCACCCCAGAGCAGGUUCUCCUGCAGCUGAAGUACAGGUAUGAUGUUGAGGUGGACCACAGCCGUAGGCCGGCUCUGAGAAAGAUCACGGAAAAGGACGACACGGCAGCCAAAACGCUGGUCCUCUGUGUCUGCGGGGUCGUCUCCAGGGGUCACUCCCCAAACAGACAGAGCUUCAACGACACCAAGACUCCACAAGGUGCCGAUGCCAAGGUAGAAAGUCCAUCUGCAGUUGUGUGGCUGACAGACGGCUGGUACGCCAUUAAAGCCCAGCUGGAUGAACCUCUCACCGCCAUGCUUCACACCGGUCGAGUGGCUGUCGGUGGCAAAUUGAUCAUCCAUGGUGCUCAGCUGGUGGGAUCACAAGAAGCUUGCCCCCCUCUGGAGGCACCUGAAUCUCUCAUGUUAAAGAUUUGCACUAAUAGCAGCAGACCCACACGGUGGAAUACAAAACUGGGAUUUCACAGGGAUCCAAGGCCCUUCCUGCUGCCUGUCUCCUGUUUGUACAGCAGUGGAGGACCAGUAGGAUGCGUGGACAUUAUCGUACUGAGAAGCUACCCCUUACAGUGGAUGGAGAGGAAACCAGACGCAGGCGUUGUCUUCCGAUCUGUUCGUGCAGAAGAGAAGGAGGCGAGGCGAUACAACUGCCACAAACAAAAAGCUAUGGAGAUCCUAUUCGCCAAGAUUCAAGACGCAUUUGAAAAGGAGGACAAAGGUGAUAACAAACCUCAACGUAGAAGGCGGACAGUCAGUCGUCAGGGUAUCGCAAGUCUUCAAGCUGGAGAGGAGCUCUAUGAAGCAGUGGGGGACGACCCAGCUUACCUCGAGGCUCAUCUGAGUGAACAGCAGUUGGAGACUCUCGGCACCUACAGGCGUUCUCUGAUGGAGAAGAGGCAGGCUGAACUGCAGGAUCGCUACCGACGAGCUUUAGAAAGCGCAGAGGACAGCGAAGGUAGCUGUCCCAAGCGAGACGUUACACCUGUGUGGAGACUCUGUGUUGCUGACUCCAUGGACCAACACGGCAGUGUUUAUCAGUUGAACCUUUGGCGACCCUCCUCGGAUCUCCAGUCUUUACUGAAGGAAGGCUGUCGAUACAAAGUCUAUAAUCUCACCACUUCGGAUGGAAAGAAACAUGGAGGUGGCACAGCUGUUCAGCUGACUGGGUCAAAGAAACCCAGUUUCAGGUCCAUUCAGGCUCCUCAGGAAUGGUUAUCAACACGUUUUCGACCGAGGGUCUCUACCCGUACUGUGGAUCUUCAAAACCCAGAAUUCCAGUCGCUGUGUGGAGAAGUUGAUCUCACAGGAUAUGUAAUCAGUAUCGUAGAUGGACAGGGUUUCUCUCCUGCAUUUUAUGUGGCCGAUGGGAAACUCAACUUUGUUAAAGUGCGCUGUUUCAGCAGCUUUGUUCAGUCGGGCGUGGAGGAGUUGGUAAAACCACGUGUCCUGUUGGCGCUGAGCAACCUGCAGCUGAGGGGUCAGUCCACAUCUCCCACUCCUGUUGUGUACGCUGGAGAUCUGACCAUCUUCUCAACAAACCCCAAGGAAGGUCAUCUACAGGAAUCACUCAGCCAAAACAAAAAACUGGUCCAGAGUCAGGAAAACUUCUUUCUAAUUGCUGAAGAGAAGCUUUCACAUUUAGUCAGAUCUGAUGGCCUGAGGUCCAUCUCCUCUCCAGCUCUGCAAGCACGAAGCCCAGCUUUUACAACGGUCAGAAGACAAGACACAAAAACCACGGGGACUCCUCAACCACUGGUCCGAAGCCUUGGAUCCUUCACACCUGUCAGCAGGAAACCUCCUGCAGCAAACUGUUCGACAGAAAAAGACCGUAGCAGUAUGAAGAGGAGGAGAGCUCAGGACUAUCUGUCUCGUAUCCCAUCUCCACCACCUCUCCUCCAUCUGGGCUCAGAGGCUUCUCCAUGUGUAAAUAAGACAUUCAACCCCCCUCGGAGGUCUGGGACACCAAGCACUUUAAACACUGCACAGACUCCAGCUCGCAAACCUGUUAAUUCACCGGUGGAGGAUGAAUGGGUGAAUGACGAGGAACUGGCAAUGAUUGAUACUCAGGCAUUGCACAUUGGGGAUUUACUGCAUCAGCAUAAGACUGUAUGAUGACAAGCACACUACCACUUUUAAAACACUGUACAAAUACAUAAAUGUAAAGGCUGCAUAUUGAAACAUUUUUGUGGUUGUUUUUGUUGUCCCACUGGACAAAUUAAAGAGGUGAAAUCACUUAAGAUAAGUAAAAUCCUGUCAUUGCUUGAUAUUGAUCUUAAUUCUUCUCUUCUGUCUUUUCUAAACUUAAAUUUAGAAUUGCCUUCCUGCAGUUGAACUCCAUGAUCCCCUAUGUGUGCUGUGUUUGAGGACAAAUAACAGGCCUUU